AUGCUCACACACUUCAAUCAUCUCAAACUUUUCCUUCAUGAAUUUAUUGCUGAUAUGAAUACCAGAAGUAGAAUUGGUGUAUUUAUAGGAACCGGUAUUCAAGCACAAGUCGGAUCUCUUCCUCAAUAUGAAGUAAAUGCUCUUCGUGAAAUAGCGGAGCAAUUGGGUAAAAGAGAUUGGGAUUUUAGCCUAAACCCAUGCGAUGGAAAUCAAAAUUGGUCAACACCCAUAAUCAGUACAGAAAUGCCUGUUUAUAACAACUCUAUUAACUGUAACUGCUCCUUUCCAGGAAAUGUUUGUCACGUAGAGUCCUUACGUCUCAAGGGGCAGGAUCUUGACGGUGUUCUUCCCCGAUCCCUGGCAAAGUUACCUUACAUCAAGAUCAUUGAUCUGGCUCGUAAUUAUCUAAGUGGCACCAUACCACGUGAAUGGGCUUCAAUGACCACACUGGAGUACUUGUCUGUUUUUGUGAAUAAUUUGUCCGGAGGAAUCCCAACAUAUUUGGGCAACAUAACCUCACUGGUAUAUCUGAGUCUGGAGAGUAACAUGUUCUCUGGAAUUGUUCCACCUGAGCUUGGAAAACUAGAAAAUUUAGCAACCCUGAUCCUUAAUGCAAAUAAUCUUUCUGGCAAGUUGCCAAUGGAGCUCAAUAACCUGAGCAACUUGAAAGAACUCCGUUUAAGUAGCAACAAUUUCACUGGAAAAAUCCCAAGCCUUGAGAGCUGGAGUCAGCUUGAGGAACUAGAGAUCCAUGCUAGUGGCCUAGAAGGACCAAUACCUGAAAGUGUUUCCUUCUUGAGCAAUUUAACAGAACUACGGAUUUCUGAUUUAAGUGGAGAAGGCUUAAAGUUUCCAAAUCUGAGUAGGUUAACAAACAUGAAAACGUUGAUGUUGAGAAGCUGUAAUAUAACAGGGAAAAUUCCUGAUUAUAUAUCAAAUUUAUCCAAUUUGAAGCAUUUAGAUCUCAGUUUCAACAAUCUGAAUGGUGAAAUACCAGACCUAAGUGGACUAAAAAGUAUUGAAAAAAUAUAUCUAACUGGUAACUCCCUGAACGGAAGUGUUCCUACAUGGAUGAUCACCAAUAAAGAUGUUGAUCUUUCAAUAGAUCUUUCCUAUAACAACUUUAGAGAAAAUACUGUCCCAUCAGGUUGUGAUAGAUCACUGAACUUAUACAGAAGCUACUCUACUGGGAAUAAUUCAGAGCUUGCGAAGUGCCUUCGUCCUUGCAUCCAGAACAUAUCUUCAGUUCAUAUCAAUUGUGGUGGGCCAAGAGUUACCAUUGGAAAAAAGACUUAUGAAGCAGAUGAAGAUCCAGGUGGACCUGCAAUUUUUGUUCGUUCAAACGAAGAUUAUUGGGGAUAUAGCAGCACAGGAAUUAAACUACAUUUUGCAGAGAUAGUUUUCAGAGAUAAUAGAUCUUACCAUAGUCUUGGAAGACGUUCUUUUGAUAUUUAUGUCCAGGGCAUAAAUCAAGUGAAGAAUUUUGAUAUUAAGAAUGAAGCUGGUGGAGUCGAUAAGCCCAGAAUAAAGAUAAUAAAAAACGUAUGUGUAACUAAUGGAACAUUAGAAAUCCGGUUCCACUAUGCAGGGAAAGGCACAACAGCCACCCCUCAGAAGGGAGAUUUUGGCCCUCUGAUAUCUGCCAUAUCAAUGGAGUCCGAGUCCAAGGCUCCAACUCAUGGUAAAAUAUUUGCAUAUGCUGCUGGAGCGAUGGCUGCACUGUUGUGCCUCAGUCUCAUAGUUCUUGGUAUCGCAUGGAAGAGGGGUUAUAUAUGGGACAAAAAUUCAAGAGAAAAAGAUCUAAGAGGAUUGGAUUUGCAGAUGGGUGUAUUUACAUAUAGACAAAUCAAGGCUGCCACUGACGAUUUUGCUGAUUCAAAUAAACUUGGCGAAGGAGGGUUUGGAUCCGUCUACAAGGGUACACUAUUAGAUGGAACUCUAAUCGUUGUGAAGCAACUCUCUUCCAAAUCAAAACAAGGAAACCGUGAAUUUGUGAAUGAAAUAGGCAUGAUAGCUGGUAUACAACACCCUAAUGUUGUAAGGCUACAUGGGUUUUGUGUGGAACGCAAGCAACUACUGCUUGUUUAUGAGUACAUGGAAAAUAAUUCUCUAGCACAUGCUCUAUUUGAGCAGUAUAACUAUAAGUUGGAAAUUGAGUGGCCUACAAGACAAAGAAUUUGUGUGGGAAUUGCAAAAGGCCUGGCUUUCCUGCAUGAGGAGUCGGUGCUAAGAAUGGUUCAUAGGGACAUCAAGGCGACUAAUAUUCUCCUAGAUGAUGACCUUACUCCAAAGAUAUCAGAUUUUGGUUUGGCAAGGCUUGAUGAAGAAGAGAACACUCACAUCAUGACGAGAGUUGCUGGAACUAUAGGGUACAUGGCACCAGAAUAUGUAUUAUAUGGAUACUUAACCUACAAAGCAGAUGUAUACAGUUUCGGGGUUCUUGCACUGGAAAUCGUUACUGGAAAAAACAAUAUGAAAUAUACGCCACACGAUGAUUGCUUUUGUCUUCUUGACUGGGCUGUUGUUCUGAAGAAAAAAGGGCGUUUGAUAGACUUGGUGGACCCGCGGUUGGGUUCUGAAUUCAACAAAAAAGAGGCAUUGAGAAUGAUCGAAAUUGCUCUAUUAUGCACUAAUGAGUCCCCAGCUCUUAGGCCUAUCAUGUCUGAAGUAGUUAAUAUGUUGGAGGGCCGUACCAAAAUCGAGGAACUAAAUGUAAAUGUGAACACGUCUGAAGAAGAGAACAGGUUUCAGGCACUUGGUGGGAAAUUUGAAGGGAUGCAGUCACAUGAGUUUGAUCGAACAGAUAUACCUAUUAAUCCAGCAUCUUCCAGCUCAAAUGACCUCUAUCCCAACAGUCAAAUUUCUCAAAAAUCUUGACUCAUACUUGCAUAAGCACUACUUAUUUGAUAUCCUUUUGUAAUGGCCAUAUGUAAUAUCCGUUUUCUAACAAUUAAUUGUAGUAUAUUUAUAUAAUUCAGUGGAACCUUUUUUAAGAUAUUCUCUAUAAUAAACUACUAUUUC